GCCUUAAAACACUGUGAAAUUCCUUUUUGCUAGCAGCAAGAGAAGCUGUCAAGCACAACAUGGAAAAAUUGGUACCAUUUCCUGGCCAGUAAGCACAGAACUGGGGAGCUCAAUAUUUAGUUUCUUGCAUUAUUGUUCUCAUGCUGUUUGUCUCUCCUCUCGCCUGCUCAGGGCUGAUUGUCGUGACCUUGGCUGUCUGCUGGAUGCCUAACCAGGUGCGGAGGAUUAUGGCGGCGGCCAAACCCAAGCACGACUGGCCCAAGACCUACUUCCGGGCGUACAUGAUCCUCCUCCCCUUCUCCUACACCUUCUUCUACCUGAGCUCCGUCAUCAAUCCGCUCCUGUACAACGUGUCCUCGCAGCAGUUCCGCAAGGUGUUCUGCCAGGUGCUCCGCUGCCACCUGACGCUGCCCCACGCCAACCGCAGCAAGCACCUGGGCGCCCACGUCACUUCCGCUGCCGCCAGCACCCGCUCGGCGCGCCGCCCCCUGAUCUUCAUGGCUUCCCGUUCCUCGGCGAGAACUGACAAGGUUUUCUCGAGCACUUUCCAGAGCAAGGACAAACCCGAGUCUAAGACCCAGCAAUGGAGUCUCGAGUCACUAGAGCCCAACUCAGAGAUGAAACCACCCACCUCUGCCGCAGGGAAUGGUUUACAGGAGCAUGAAGUGUGAAUGUCAAGUAUGGAAGCCUUGAGGGCUAACCGGCU